AUGUCAAUUCUUAAGCCUAAAUCUUCUGAAAUUCUUCAACAAGAAUUAAAUAAAACAAGCAUUAAAAGUAACAAUUCCAAUGAUUUCAGUGAAAAACAAAACUCUGAUGCUCAUCAGUUGAAGACUUCACACAUUUCUAAAAAUUUAGAACACCUAUCUUUAACUUCAACUAAAAAUACUAAGGAAUCAAAUAAAAAGAAAACGCCUGAAGAAUUUCUUGAAAUGCAAACCAAACACAUUUGCUCAGAAAUGAGUCAUCCCUGGUGCACUGAUCAUUCUUAUGCCCUCAAACAUAAAGUUGUGGAAGGAAGUACUUUACUAUAUAAUUCCAUCAUCCCAUCAGAUGGCAGCUACAAUAGGUUUGAGUUCGCAGUGCCUACCACUGAGGAAAGUGCACACGUUCACUUGAAAACGACCCAUCCCUGUUGCACCGAUCAUUCUUAUGACAUCAGGCAUAGAAGGCCUAAUGAAAAAAAUGUUGAAAAGGUGCCAUUGCACGAACUACCUGAGGAUCUUUCAUGUUUGCCAAAUGAUGUGCAUGAAAUUUGCCUCAACGAUGAUUUAGAUUUACCAUACAUCAAAACGUCUAAAACCAUACCUUGCUCAUCAUCAAGUGAAAUCCUUCCAAUCAAAAACAAAACCUCGUCAAAGCGGCUCAAAAAAUUUUACCCAACAGCUCUGGAAAACAUCAUGGAGAAUGAAAUUGAAGUGCUGAAGAACCAAACAACAGCUUUUUCUGAAACCCAAAUAAAAUUUUUCAAAAGUUCUAUAUGGCAACAUGAUUUCAUUUGUCAGCGUCUUGCAGCUCACUACUUAAAGGAGUUGCCCAAGAGAAGAAUGUAUCAAGGAAUGAACUUAACUUGCUGUAAACCAAAUGUGUGCUUGACCUGCGAUGCAGCGUUUACGAGACUGCACAGUCUCAAGUACCACAUGCUCGUUCACUACGGCCUCAAUCGAUUCACUUGCGGUGAUUGUGGACAUUUGUUCAGGCACGCCGGUCAUUAUAAGAAACAUUUACGUGGGCAUUUGGAGAAAAAACUCCAUCACGGCGGUGAAUGUCCUGCAAAGUUCAAAGGUCGAAACACACACAAACAGCAUAUAAAAGUUAGACGCUGCAAGACAACAGUCUCUGGAGAUAGCUUCACUACUAACGAGAACGUUCUUGCAAAAUCAAACGAACAUGAAGAUACAAUUUCUGCUAAUAAUUCCAGUCCUAUUAACAUUAAAGAGAGCUUCUACGGUACCAUAAUAAAUGGCAGGUUGGUCAGUUCAACUUUUAUGCCCUCUAGUGCAGCAGGGAAAAAUUUUCUGUCCAUUAGCAACAAGGUGAAUGUCAUAACUCCAGAAAUUGAUUACCAGUCACCUGCAACACUUGUACCUUUACCAUCUACAGCUGAAAAAUCGGACUUUGAAAUCAUGAAAGAAGAUUGUGUUAAACAAGAGCCAGUCGACACUGGUUACACUGAUUAUUGGCCUGGAAUAUUGCCAGCCCCGACCAUUAUCAAUCCACUUUCCAAAGAACAUACAGAAACAUAUAUUAAAGUAAAGGUUAAAGAUGAAAAUUUAGUUGCACCAUCUCUGUUCUCAACAUCCUCAACAUCAUCUUCAAAGUCAUCAGCUGUUUCGACGUCAGCAGAUUUCAUGAGAAACCUACCUACAGAAUCCGCAAACUCACCUGGAAAAGCUCCAAUCAUUUUUUUCAGUGAUUUUCCCGCUAUAAAACCACGACUCAUUAUCAUUGAACCUGAUCACUAA